ACACCAAAAAACAGGUUGAUCAAAUUGAAUUAGAAAUUUCGUUAUUUUUGAGGGGAAAGCGAUGAGCGAAAUCGUGUUAUUGAUAGAUGAUUUGAGAUCAUCACCUCCUUAUUCUUCUUCUUCAGCAGCAUCAUCCAAAAUUUGCAGAAUUUGCCACGAAGAAGAAUUUGAGAGCUGCCAAACUCUGGAGACUCCUUGUGCUUGCUCUGGCUCUGUAAAGUUUGCACACAGAGAUUGCGUGCAGAGAUGGUGCGAUGAAAAGGGAAACACAACUUGUGAAAUUUGCUUACAGAAAUUUGAACCGGGCUACACAUCGCCACCCAAAAAAGUACAGCUAAUUGAUGCAACUGUCACAAUAAGGGUGAGUUUGGAAGUGCCAAGAAACGAGCAAGAAGAAGAAAAUGAAAGGCUUGAAACAGAGUGUGAAGAUGGAGAUAAUAGAAGCGCUUCUUUUUGCAGAACACUAGCUCUAAUUUUCACAGCUCUGCUUUUAACAAGACACUUGAUUGCUGUUGUAAGUGGAGAUGGCGAUUACCCUUUUUCACUUCUUACGGUGCUUAUAGCCAAGGCCAGUGGUAUAGUAGUUCCCAUGUACAUACUCAUUCGGAUUUUAGCAACUCUACAGACCAACAUUAGGCAUCAUUAUCAGAAUGCAGACACUGAUUCAAACUCUGAUGACGAUGAUGAAGAUGAAGAGCAGCGGCAUAGUAGUAUCCGCGCUCUAGUUUAACCUAUUCUUUGUUCCUUUUGUGUAUUCUUCCCUCUUUUUCAUCCUUCUUCUAUGUAUACAGAUGAAGAUAUAUAAAAACCUUAUAGAAACAUAAUGAAAAUGGUUGAUUUUUUAAAAAUUUUAUCUGCAAUUGCUGAAUAAUAGUAUUGAAAUGUUAUGAACCUUUUCAUAGUUUUUUCACCACUCAGUAACAAUAUCUGCAACUCAUUCACAAGAGUAAACUAGACAAGUCAAAAUUGCAGCUGGAGCUCAAACUAACAGUUACCAAACUAUUUAGUAGUACUACAAAUAAGGCUAGUAGGAGUAAAAUAUUUCACCGAAAAAUGCAGUAGCUCUCAGCCUGCAUAUUGAAUUAGUAGAAAAUUUAAUCUCAGAGCAAGUAAAUGGUAUCCAUCCAAAAACGCCCCAUGCAUUCCAAAGACCCCUAUUGUUUCUGCAUCCCCUCUCGAGGAAUUUCUUUGAAGAGGAAGAGAACACUGUCCAACCGUGAAUCUGCACGACGCUCGCAGCAGGACGAGCUGAUCGCCCAAGAGCAGAAGGAGGUCGAGGAGAAACAAGAAGCUGUGGGAGAUGACUGAUGGAGCCUCCCAACUCUACCUGAUCAACUUUGCAUCCGAGAAUUCCAUCGGAGGUGAGUGGCUUUGCCUGUGACAUCCCUGAGCUGAUACUCUUGUUAGACAUGCAUCUUGUUAGAGUUAGACAGGGAUUUGCAAUUAUCUUAUUCUUAACAAUAAGGUCCUGCGUUUUGGGUUAUAAGAUUGUGCUGUUAAUUUAUUGAUGGAUUUGUGGCAUGAAUAAAUAUCGAUUUGAUUCAGUAAUCACUAUAGUAACUCAAUUCGGAACUCAUUUUCUGUUGUGUUUAGCCCAUCAUGUUUCCCCCACUUUUCACUUUAUGAGUAUUAUUUCAACCAGUAAAAGAGAAAAGAGACAUCAAGUGCUCCUAGCUAACAAUGAGUAGGGGACCCUUACUAAUUCACAUUAAUUAUGAGAUGAGGCCUCAACACUUUAUAAGAAUGAUCUCACAACUAUUGGUGAAUUUUAUCAUUGUCCAACCUAGCUCAUGAAAUAUAAGACACAGAUUGCUCAUAAAUACUACUCCAUCUAAUUAUAUUCUCUAAUCAACAAGCGAUGUAUGUUUGAAUAAGUAUCGUAUAAUGAGUUGCAUACUGUAACAACUAACAAUAAACCGUAAAUAUCGAAAAUCCUUAAAAAUAUAUAUAAAAAAAAACAUUACAGCAACAAUAAAGAAGAAGAAGAAGAAGAAUUAAUUAUCAUAAGUACGGCACUCGUCGGUCUCGGGAUUGUCCUUGCAGUAGGUCUCCAAGGGGUCGGAGUCCUUGUGCUUGUCCCUGGCGUGGCUGGCCGCCGCGCUCAGCUCCUCCACCUCGUCCCAUGCUGCCGCGCACUCCCCGCUCACCGCAUCGCCCGCGCACGCCUCCUCCGCAGCCUUGAUGCUCUCCUCCACCUUGUUGGUCAGCUUGUCCGGCGCCGCGGCUACGCACAUCCUUCUCAGUGGCACGCUCACGCUCCGCCUCCACGGGUUGUUCAACUGCGAGAAGC